AUGACUACCACAAGUGAUAAAGUGUUGAAGGUUCAGUUGCGUUCAGCAAGCGCAACUGUACCAACCAAGGGUUCUGCCACCGCCGCAGGAUACGACAUUUACGCAUCCCAGGAUAUUAUCAUUCCAGCAAUGGGUCAAGGUAUGGUUUCCACCGAUAUAUCGUUUACUGUGCCCGUCGGUACCUAUGGUCGUAUUGCGCCAAGAUCAGGCCUAGCAGUGAAAAACGGUAUUCAAACUGGUGCUGGUGUUGUCGACAGAGAUUACACUGGUGAAGUUAAGGUUGUCUUAUUCAAUCACUCGCAGAGAGAUUUUACCAUCAAGAAAGGUGACCGCGUAGCCCAAUUAAUUCUAGAAAAAAUUGUCGACGACGCUCAAAUUGUUGUUGUAGACUCGCUAGAAGAAAGUGCGAGAGGGGCUGGUGGCUUUGGUAGCACUGGUAACUAG